AUGCAUCCUAUAUCAUACCCUUCGUCUAGGGUAUCGCAACUAGAUGCUAAUAUACUAGAUUCAGAACUCUUUUCUUUACUCAAGGAUCAAUUAUCUUCAAUUUUCCAGCUUCAUGACAACAAUGAUAAUUCAUUUUUCGGCAAAUUUUCAUUCAAUAAACAUCCUGAAACUUACUCAUUAUUGUUGAAUUUGUUGAUAUUCAGAUUAACUGUAUGGAAGUCGGGAUCAUCUUACGGAGAUGCAUUACAGAACUUAAAAUUGAGUGAUGCAAAAACUGGUAAAAUUAUUGGGUUUAAUAAAAAAUCAUUGUUAUUGGCAUUUUUGGUAGGGACUUAUUUAUAUAAAAGACUAGAGACAAAACUAUAUCAAAUCGAUGAAUCUGAACUGUCGGAAGAAACAGAUUCAUUCUUAAGCAAGCUAAAAAAUAAAAUAAUCAACAAUAGAACUGAAAUAUUGACAAAAUGUGAUAAUACUUUUAAAAUUAUAAAUUUAGUGAACUUCACAAUGUUUCUUGUUAGUGGUAGAUAUCCCUCAGUCAUACGAAGAGUGCUACGGAUAACAGAAACCCCAGUAAUAUCAGAUUUAUUGAAAUUUAAUGGAAGUAAUGUAAAUUAUGAGUUUCAAAACAGACAAUUAGUAUGGAAUGUCAUGACUGAAUUUUUGGUAUUUUUGUUACCACUUCUACAAUUAAAAAAGAUAAGGAAGUUUACUAGAAAAAUCAUUUCAAAAACAACAAACCCUAAUCCUAAAGACUCAACCAAUUCAAUCGAUGUUGACUCAAAAUUAAUCACUCGCUUUUCGAACUUACCAGUACUGGAGUGUGCAAUAUGUCAUUAUAAUAACGAAAAAGCUUCCCAAUCAGGUGGUAGAGUUUUCACAACAGCUGGCCCAGUAACUAAUGCAUGCAUAACUAAUUGUGGGCACGUGUUCUGUUAUGUCUGUAUUGCAACACAAUUCAAUGUUAAAAAAACAAGCGGAGAAGAUGUUUUAUGUUUGAGAUGUAAUAGUAAAUUGGAAUGGUUUCAGGAAUUUGAAGCAGAUGAAAAAUCAAUCGAUGAAGACGCAAUAACUAUUCGACCAGAAAUCGAUGACCAACAGGAAGAGGAAGAUGAGGAUGAAACAGAAGAAAUUGUAAAUGAAAAAAUAGAAAAUUCAGACGGCGAAUACGAAUCCCAAAAUGAUGAAGAUGAUGUGGAAGAGGUUCAUCCACUAGAGAAAGUAUCUACUACGAGAUUGGACAGGAAACUAAGUCACAGACUGUCCAUAUUUGAUGAAGACGUACAAGACAAUGAAGAAAGUGAAGAUGAAUUUAGUGAUGAAGAAGAAAUGGAUGCUGAUGAAGCAAUGCUAUAA